GUGAAGAUGAUCUGGAGGCUUUUGUUGGCUGUGGUGCUCCUGCUACCACUGGCUUCCGGCUACAACUACUGCAACAACAAGACGCACAAGUGUGUGCUGGAGAAGAAAAAGCACUUCAUGUGCCAUCUGAAGGACUUCACCGUCUACGGGAACUCGACCAAGUUCCAUGCUUCCGUGCCGAACAACAUGAGAAUGCAGAAGAUAGCACUGGACAUACUCAACAGCCUGCGGAACAAGUUUGCGGGCGGGGAACUAAGGACGAAGGGCAACAAGACGUUCGCGAAGGCCAGGCGGAUGCGGCAGCUCGUCUGGGACAAGGAGCUGGCCUACAUGGGCCACAACCAUGCGUCCACCUUGUCCCUGAGGCCAUCGGAGUGUCGCUCCACUCUGCGGUUCCCCCACGUCGGCGAGGCCAUUGCCCUGGUCACGCCCAAGGAGAAGCUCAACCUGAAGGAGAUAUAUUCGAAGGCGUUCACAUCGUUGUUCGCCGAGUUCCAGCAUGUUCCGGAUCCGGACGCUCUCCUCCAAGCCUUCGACCCUGACAGGGACUUCCAGGUGAAAUUCUUCACCAACAUCAUCAGCGAUCGCGUGUCGCGCAUGGGAUGUGGUCUUGCCGUGGGCGCCAACUGCCAUCCAACCUUCAAGUUCUGCCACUUCCUGACCUGCUACUUCGACUUCCACAACAUGGCUGGCUCCUAUGUGUACAAGGCCGGGGAUCCCACCUCCUCCUGCGACGACUGGGGCGUCGUUAGCUCCGACAAGUAUGCGAAUCUGUGCAAGAACAGCGGCGAGAUUUUCCCCCACGAUCACGGCGAUCGAGUCGAGUGAAAGCGGAAGUGAAAGUCCGGUUGUGAGGUGUUUAGUAUAUUCGUACAUUUAUAUAUGUUU